AUGAAUGAGUUUUCGCUUCCCGGAAAGCUGUCGGUUGGAGCUCAAUUGGGACUUGGUGUAAGCACUGGAGGCAUGCACAUGUCAAGUCGACAGAAUCAUAAAGAGCAGCCUCUAUGGGUAGAACCUUUCGACGAUCGCUUUAUCUGUGACUUAAGUAAAUUACACAUUUCUCAAAAGGGACGAGUUCUCGGCCAGCUGCGUCCAGAAUCACUGGGAGAUGAUACAGAUCAUAGCCAAGGACUCGGCGAUAUUGAGGAUGACUACAGUACGAUUGAUGAAGAGGAUAAUGAACGCUGGCGUAAUCUACUACUGAUGAACCUUAAUUGGGAUCCCAUUGCUCCGGAGAUACCUGUGAAUUUUCAGCCUACGAAAGAUGUGGAGUACGAUAGCAACCGGAUGUAUGAUGUACGUGGUGUCACCGAAAAGUCAACUAGCGAUUAUCUACCUACCAAUUUGAUUUCAGACCUCUCUGAAAGUGGUUUAUCACGAACGAAUGCUAUCAAACGGUUGCAGGAACGACAAGAAACAACAUUUGAUCCCACUGUCGGCAAUCUUUUCGCCAUUGGAAGCAUUCAGACACCUUCAGAUUUGCGAAAUGGUAAUGAACAGCAUCAUGUAUUGGCGUACUGUUCGGGUAGAACCAAUUCAUUUCUCACAUUGGCAGUACUCAAGAAAGAGUACGAUGCAAAAGCGGCAAUUUUGAAAGACACUGAUAUCGGAGAUCCGAUAACUUUUGACUUCAAAGCAACUAUAAAAUCCAUCAAGUUUCCCACUCUUUCGCCAUUGUUAGGUAGAAACAGCGAUUGCAUCGGAAUUAUCACAGAAAACGCUCUUCAUGUUGUUCGAAUUGAUAGUAUUAAUGCGCAUUCUCUGGAAAUAUAUGCCUCUACCGCGGAGGCUUUGGCUUUCUCAGAAUUUGGCGACUUUCCUUUUGCAGAUAUGGCUUUCAAUCCAUGGGACCUGCAACAAUUCGCAAUUGUUGACAUAAGAGGCAACUUUAGUCUUGGGCGAAUACAAAAAAACUUUAAGCAUGGAAGCAAGAUUCGUCUUCUGAAAGAAUUUUCGGGUAGCUUCUUUGAUCCAGAGGAGCUUUCCAACUGGAAAAGAAUCGAAUGGUCUUCUUCUCAUGGGAGGUUAUUGGUGAUGGAUCGAUCUAAGAUGUUGGAAGUGGAUUUCGAGCAAGAUUGGCAACUUGAAGUGAUUCAGGCAAAAAGUUGGUCCACGUUAAGAGAUUACAAAAGACUUGAUGAUGAUUUUGGAGUUCUUUUGACUUCUUCAGAGAUCAUACUGAUAAGAACUGCCGAAGGAGCAGACCAUAUUGCGAGAGAAAUUUCUUGGAAGCAUGACUUAGAUCCUAGAGAUCCCACUUUACGUAUGGCAAUAAAAAAGCUUCGACAUGAAGACGAGAAUAAGAACGCUAUAAUUUUAUGCAUCUUUUCCAGGUUGCAUGGGCAGAUCUAUGUGCAUGGCUUUUCGAUUAGCGAGAAUGGGUUUUUAAUACGUUCCACCAGGGAUUCCUCUAUUUUAAACGUUCCUAUGGGCCUUAAACGGUCUCUUGAUAUUUGUUUCAUGGGGAGUGACGAAGUGAGUGACGAUUACCGCACAGAUGGGAAGGAAGGACAAGGCAGCAAAAAUCUGCAUAUUCUUGUUCAUCACAAUGAUAGUGGGAGAUUUUUUCAUCUCAUUCUUUCUGACUUAAAACAAGGUGCAUCAAAUGAGCAGGUCUCAUUUGAAGGUGCCAGGUUUGCCAAAGAGAAGCUAAGAGUUGCUGAAACUAUUCCGAGCGCAAAUCCGCCUCCGGAGAAGGUAAGUAAGCAUAUAAAAUGCCUUUUGCAUCGCUUGCUGAAUCCGAAAAGAGAUCUUCAGACUUCCGAUGCUGAGAUUUUACAGAAUUACGGUUAUAAGCUAUCGGAGGAAAUUAACAAUCUGAUAGAAACCUGGUCCGACAAUUCCGAUUAUUCCAAGAAUCUUCAACCGUUACUCAAGGAUUUGGUCGAGAUCCCAAAUGAAUUUGAAAACCUGGAGGAAUUCAGCUCUUUUCUGGAGCAGCUGUUUGAUCAUUAUGGUGAACAAAGCAUCUCGUGCACUAGAUUUCCUACACUUUCCAACAUGAUACUUCAUGAGACAGUUGAAAAUCUUGAGAUUUUUCAUAGCAAAGUACUUCAGUGCUGGGGUCUUACAACAUCAAAUGCGGAAGCAGUCACAAAGGAAGUGAUCAAAUCUUUAGUGUGGAGCUUGACUAGACUUUGUAAACCUACAAAAUAUGAGGAAAUGAGUACUAAAAUAAGCGAAUCUUUGAUUGAGCCGUAUAGUGAAAUUUUCGAUUGUUGGGGGGGCGAUCAUGUGUCUGAGAGCUCUCCCACUUCUUCCUCCACUUUUCGAUUUGGAGUCCCGUCCGAAUUUCCUAUGAGUAGUCAGUCGCAAAUUCCCACUAUCAAAUCCUCCCAACCUAGAGCGUCAAGACAUACAAGACGUGAUAUGAAUUCUGCAGAGGGUCGCGUAUUGAAACCCGUCGUUGGUUCGUCCACUCGGCGGAGGGCACAAGAUCCUUUCUCUUCACAGACUUUACCAAGCACACUACCUGAUGCUAUGACCCCAGCUUUCACAUUGAUGCAGCCCUCAUCCAUGUUAACUUCUCAAUCUCAAAGCUCCCAGAGACAAAAAAGGAGGAAGAGGAGAAUCGGGGGCUUCGGUUAG